UCGCUGGAUGGAAAUCUACGCGGUGGAAGCUGAUCGCAACCACCAGGAAGAGUAUCUGCAUGUGUCAGUCAGCACUGCAUCUAGGCUGCAAUCCCACAUGUUACAGCCUCAACAGCCUCGUUCGAUGGUGGGAGUUCGAAAUCGAUCAGACGUCUUCCUAGUCACAUAAUUAGAUUCGGCCCAUUCCCACGAUUGUGAUCUGCGUUGCGGAGAACGUGAAGUCAUGGCAGAACCCAAUUCAAUGUAUCGAGCCUUGCGGCCAAAGCAACAUCAUCAUCGACCUCAGACAAAUCCCAUAGCAGCGAUAUUCGAAACUUGUCGAGAUGCAUUUGAACGAUUAUGCAUUGUUGCGAGAAGAAAUUCGUCUCCAGCCAUUUCGACCUCAAUCGACGGCCAAUAUGGGCAAUUCUUGACAUGGGGCAAGGAUAGCGGGGCAUCAACUCGUUCCCUUGAUCGUGCCUUGCGCAAGACCACAAAUCUGUCCAGUAUAGUGAUGGAAGUUCUUCGGGGCUUGUACUCGACACUUGUUAGAGGAAUGGAGAAGGUUCAAGAGACAGCCGCUGUUCUGGAAGAGGACGCAGAAGCUAUGAUGAUCGGAAGUUUUGAUGCCAGCGAUCCGGGUCUGAUGCUGGAUAGCCAAAUGCAGGAGAAUCCUAGGAUCUCAAUGCUCAUCGAAAACAUCGAAGGACUUUUGGUUUGCCUUAUGAGGGUAGUACCGAAUGUCUGUGAUCCAUUCCCGCUAGACGAGUACACCGUCGACGCCAACCCAAAUGACGCCGUUCCGGACAUCGACAUUGCGACAGAUAUGUUUCCAGCAGCAACCAAAGUUCUAAUCACGAGGCUAGGAUGCGCUAAUUGGAGAAGGAGGAAAUAUUUGAAAUCUCUGCAGGAGAAGCGACAGCCUGGGAUAUCAUACAGUGGCUUCAACAGCACUUCUGCGCCCAGACGAAUCAAGAAAUCGCAGCUCAGAGAGGUAGCAGUCGAUGCAUUCAACUUUCAAAAACCAGUCUUGAGGAAGGAUAGUCCGCCGUCACGCCCUCCACUCCGUACUAUCCCGAGUUAUCUUGGUUCGAGUACAACAACACCUUCGGUCGACGGCGAGAGCGUCUUUUCGAGACCCGGGAUAGGACAUGAGUCGGUGACGACGAUGAGUGAAGCUGAAUUUGUAGUAAAACCCAUGACGACCAUGACGGUACCAAAGCCACCAGUGUCCUGGGAGAAGGGCGGAUUGUUUAUCUGUCCAUAUUGCCACGAUGAAGUAGAAAUUCCGAAUGCCAUAACGACGGAGGUGGAUUGGGAGGGCCACGUCUUCGAGGACCUUGAGCCAUACAUGUGUACGUUUGACAAGUGUUUACGUCCCGAGAAAACAUAUGGAGAGCGCGACGAAUGGUUUCGGCACGAGCUGGAAAGCCAUCGAAUCUUGAAAGUCUGGGUAUGUCAAUCCUGCAACGAGGAAUUUGAUUCUGCGUGCGCAUGCGAAUUCCAUCUUCAAGAUAAACACAGCAGCAUUUGCGGCCCAGAAGAGAUGGCAAUGAUGGUCUCGCUCUUCGAGAAGUACUCCCAGAAAGGGCUUAAAGCCGAUGUUUGCCCUUUGUGCGCUGUCAAACUCGGUGCAGAAGCGCUAAAAGUUCAUGUGGCCGGACAUCUAGAGCAACUGGCUCUCACCUCUAUCAAUAGUGAAGAAUCUUCUGAGGGAGACGACAGCGACGAGUGGGGAUCUCAGAAGUUCGACGAUAACGUCUCUGAGGGCCGAACCAAGCUGGAAAUAUUGAAUGAUUUUGUCGAGGAGCAACUCGGCUAUGUCCUACCGGAAAAGAAAGGUCCUGCUGAUACUGGCGUGGAGCAAACAAACCUCGAUUUCGUUGGAGAUUCCGAUGACGACUCGGGAGAUGAGAGCUUGUUCGGUCCAUCUAAUAAAAAGGGGGGCGACGAGGGAGCAGUAUGGAAGGUUGCGAACUACCUCUCUGGUCAUACGAGUAAGCAAAGACGAGAGAUUGGCAAUUCAAUGCGUCGCAGUGGGUCAGGAAAGCUCUCUGGCACGGAGCCAUACAUUCAAGGCUCGAGUGAUGCUCCAUCUUCGACCGGAGCACUGCUACCGUUGCGCACGUCUGCCCGCCCAAGAGACGAUGACUUCGUUGGAAGAGAGACCGACCUUGCGAACAUGUACAAGAUCUUAUCCGUUCCAGGGAGGAUCUGUACAAUCAGUGGCACGGGAGGCAUCGGAAAGACUGCUACCGCUGGGGAGUUCACCUACAGAUACGAAUCAUCGUACGCAUAUGUGUUCUGGACACAGUCGGAGACCAGAGUCGGAUGUGAGGACACGUUUAGUAUGAUUGCACUCGCGCUCGGUCUGGAGGCAGAUGAUCGGGACCAGAAACAGUUGAUUGAAUCGAGUCGAGAAUUUCUGCAGACUUGCGACAAGAGAUGGCUUCUAGUGUUCGACAACGUCGAUUCUUGGGAGGCAGUUGAAGAAUUCAUACCUAUCAACAUGAUCAGGACCCAAGGAUCAGUUCUCGUCACGACACGGCUACCAGAUCUUGCGCCGAUACCGAUUCCUACGAACUAUUUCCACAUCAACCUUAAGGAAAUGACGAUGGAAGAGAGUCGCUCCUUGCUAAUUCAGGGAAUGCAAUCAGACCUGAAGUUUGAAAGAACCAGGUUUCAUCCAGAGUGGAAAGUAGCUGGAGAGAUCGCAAGCCUUGCAGGGCUUCCUUUGGCAAUCUCACACAUUGCUGGCUAUGUCAAGGCAUCCAAAUGCUCCCUUGCCGAAUUCCUGGAACUUUGGAACGAAUGGCGGAGGAACAAUUUCUCAACUCGGCCUCCCGAAGCCUCAUCCAACAUGGCCCUGGAAACGAUAUGGAACAUCGGACUUAGUGAUCUUGGAAGCGAUGCACUGAAGCUGCUGAAGAUUAUGGCCUUUCUGGAUAGCGAUGGAAUUCAGAGAGAAUUGUUGAUGAACGACCACACGACUCCAGCCCUAGCCUUUUUGAGAACAAACAAUGCAUUUCGGUGUCGCAAGAUGGUCACAGACCUCAUGGACAGAAGGCUUAUAGGCGUGAAAGUACAGGACCAUAGCCAAGUCUUUUCGAUUCACCGCUUGUUGCAGCAUAGAUUGCUUCAAGACUUAGAUGACAAUCCUCAGGAGAGGGAGAUGAUUUUUAACAUGGCAUUCGAGCUCAUUCGGGAGCGUCUGCCCAGGCCUUCUAUCGAUAGUUCGGACUCGAUGAAAUGGAAUGUAUUCAAGGAAUACGUUCCCCAUGUCCUGACUAUUCAAAAGAUAUUCGAUGAAGGCCUCCCUUCUAUCCAACCUUUCGUUGGGUUAGCAGAGCUAUUCAGAGAUGGAGGAGUGCAUUUGUGGCAACGAGGACUAAUCUAUGAUGCGCUGCGACUGCUCAAUUCUGCAGAGGCAAUCUUGAACCGACUAGACUGUGACGAAGACAAACUGCGGAUAGACAUCCACAUCGCAACGACCCUCCUCAUACAGUACUUUGGUAUCAGUCACCGCAUGGAGAGCAGGGAUCGACACAGCAAAAUCCUGGAGAUCAGGCAGAAGCAACUUGCCGAUGCGAUCCCAGGAACAGCGACCAGAGACGACGAAGUCACUCUGUGUAACUCGCAGGCCGACUUUGGAAACGCACUUCUACAGUUCAACAGGUAUGAAGAGGCCGAAAUCAUAUAUCAGAACUGCAAAGAUAAAUACAAGGAAUGGGGCAGUGAGGACGAGCUGGCAUUCGAGUACGCCAAGUUCAAUCACCACCUGGCCUUUUGCCGAAUGUACUGUCAUGACUUUGACAAUGCAAUCAGGCUAUCCGAGAAAGCUGUCGAACUGGUGUCUCGACAAACAGGUCAAGUCCAAUUGAUCCUCAGGUACAAAUUCGAUUUGGCAAGCAUAAUCUUGCAGCAUGGAGAUGCAAAGAAAUCUCUUGAAAUGCAAGAGCAGAUCCUUCAGGCGCGCCUGAGCUUGCAGGGAACAGGAAAGACCACCUACUUCACCCUUCAGAGCUACUAUGCCGUCGGAGCAUUGUAUGCGCAUCUUGGGAGGCUAGAUGAGGCCGAAUCGUACAUGAGGACAGCUCUGUCGCGAGCGCAGGAGAGAGCUGACAAAGGAUUUUGGCCAGAUGCUGCUGUAGCACGUACUGACUUCCACCUCUCGAAGAUAUUGAUCCAGAAUGGGAAGGACGGCGUAGAAGCUGAAGCUCUUGCCACGAAGGCGAGAUCUGUGUUGUCGCGACUCUUGCCCUUUGAUCCCUUGGAUGGAGUAGCAGAAGAGGACGAAUUGGCACUAUUCGACCACUUGCAGCCCGUAUUUGGAGGACGUUUUGUUGGUACUUCGCUGUUGAAAUAUCUGCGAUAGUUGUCAUAUCGUACGUUUUGACGCUUUGUGGUUUAGGAAGAGGGAACCGGCGUUGAAGGACCUGAUUAUCUGUUAGUCGAAAAGAAUGGCUAUUCUCGAGAGCUGGGAAAAUAGUACCAAUCAUAGAGAAAAAUUCACAGGCGUUUUUGGAUCUGCCG